CAAUUUUGGAUUUUUGUUUACAAUACGUGUUAUUAUUAAUCGAUGUUUUUUUAAUUAAUUUCCCUUAAUCGCAAUCAACGAUUAGACUUUCUUCAUUGUCUUAAGUAAAUUUUAAACAGUCUCUAUACGAUUAAAUCAUCUAAACGCGUUUAAUUUCAUUGUUGUGAGGCGUACAACUUGACUAUUGUCAACUUCAUUCUCAUUCUUUGAUGGUCUGUGACACUCCUUCUUGUUAGAGGUUAAACUAUCGGACGGUUUACAUUUAUCUAUUGUUUUAAUCUAAAUCACUUUUACUCAGGAAUCGAUUAAGAAAAGUAUUAUAAAUCAAUCUAUCAAAUAUUAUGGGUGAUAAGGAGAUGAAUGAAAUAUCUCCAAGUUCAACUUCCUCCUCUAUUCAUGGUGGUUCUACUUCACCUUUAUCUUCCUCAUCUUUGCUUCCUUCAUCAUCUCAAAGUAUCAAGUUAAUUGUUAAAGCUCCUAUCCAAACGGUCGAGGACAAGAUUGUUGAUUGUGAUUUGACUUGGACUGUGGCUAAGCUUAAAGCACACAUUAGUGAAAUAUAUCCCAACAAGCCUAGUGUUAAUGAUCAACGCCUGAUAUAUUCUGGUCACCUUCUAAAGAACGAUCAAGUUCUUGGAGAUAUCUUGAAAGCGCCAAGUGAUAAUUCAACUUAUACAGUCCAUUUGGUUUGUAACGUUAAGUCAUCUUAUUCAACUAAGCAACCACAACAAUCACAACAGAAACAAGUAAAUUCAGAGCAACCGUCAAGCCAGGAGUCUUCCAAUCAAAUGAGUGACCAAGCCCAAAAUGUCGCCCCUUCUGUUGCUGAAAGUAACACCGAACCCGAAUCACCCAAUAACACCCAAACCGAAUUCAACCAAAAUCAUCAACAUCUAUUCUCUCAAGCAACUUUAGCAGGACUAUUCUCUGGAUAUCCUUUUGUCUUGCCUACUAACUACCCUUGGACCAAUUUUGUUAACCCAACGGAAUCAGGAAGUGAUUUUUCCUUACCUUCAACAAAUCUUGGAGGUGCUAGUGUAUCAAUGAGUUUGGAUCAGUUAACACAAAAUGUUGCCUGGAUGUCUAACCUAUUGCAGUUUCAAAUGUUUCAGCAAAUGUAUGCCCAGUAUUUGGCUCAACACAUGAACCAAGCAGCAUUAACCCUUUCACCACCUCAGUUACCUGAUGUUUGUUUACUUGAUGGCCAAUUACCUACACAAAUUACGUCAGCUGCUGUAUCAACAUCAGCUGCUGUCCCUCAACCGUCUCAACGUAAUAUCAACAAUGCUAAUAAUAAUAAUAACAAUAAUAUAGCUGAUGCUGCUCCAGUUCAAGAGCCGAUUGUAAGAGCUCGUCUCGAACCCGCAGCGCCUGUACCCGGGGUCAGAUUAAAUCCAGCUCCUGCAGUAGCUCCUGUUGACGAGGAAGAGGACAUUGUUCAACGUGAUUGGAUUGAUUGGCUUAGUUUGAUAACUCGAGCUGUUGCUUUGGCCAGUUUUAUCUACCUUUAUGCAUCAUUUGGUCGUUUUAUGCUGGUCACUGUUUUAUACUUCUUAUAUCGAUUCAUAACAAGCGCAGUUGAGGCCUAUAAUGCUUUCCUAACCAUUGGAGCUCCUAGGCAGCCUGUGCCAGGUGAUCAGCUAAAUAAUCAUGGAGCGAAUAAUGAUGCUGAUAAUCAUAAUAAUAAUAACAAUAAUAACAAUAAUAUUGAUAAUAAUAAUAUAAUCCCCAACGAUGAUCAAAAUCAUUUACAACAAGUAAUGGAUGGUAACAUUGAUAAUCAUCAUGCAAAUAACAACAGCAAUAAUGAUAAUAAUCCUGUGGAUGGACGAAGAAGCUCCAAUGAGCAAUCUAAAAUUCGCUUAUUAUUCACCAUGGUUAAAGCUCUCUUUUCAUCGUUGAUUCCAUUACAACCGCCGCCUUUAUAUCCUAAUCGGGGUUGAAAAACAUUUAUAUAAAAAAACUGUUAUUUUAUUUGUAAAUCUAACUAAAUCCACCGAUGGAAAUGACAGCCCUUUAUGAUUGAAUGAUACAAACAAAAGACGUCCUUUGAUUCGGAUUAUCAAAUCCAUCUUGUUUAACUACAUCUAUUAUGAUCAAUUUAAAUAUUAAGAGAAAUAAAUAUGUCAUGUUGAAUCCAGGCAUCUAAUGAUCUUUUUCAUCAAACUCAAUCAAUAAAGCGUUCUGUAAAUCAACAAAA